UUCGGGUUAAAUUGUCUUCUCCCAAACCCUCAGACGCAUCUUAACGGGAAGAAGGCGGAAGAAUCUAACUGAGGGAGAAAGCGAGAGAUUAAUUUAAGAAAACAAAAAUCUAGUGAAAGGAAAAUGGUAGAUUCAUCAUCAUCAGAUUCUUUCUUGAAGAAGAACUGGCAAGAAUAUAAAGAAUUCUGGGCCGAGCGAUUUCCAUUUACCGAUGUCUAUUCUAGAUUCAUCCGCCGUGAAGACUCUCUUCCAACAUGGUCUGAAUCCGAUGUUAAUGAGUUCAUCGCCUCUGAUUCGGUCCACGGCCCCACCUUGAAGACUGCUAGGGAAGCUGCAAACACCGCCUUGGCAGGAAGUGCUAUUGGAGCUGUCUCAACUGCAGGCCUUGCCUGGAAAUACUCAAGGAGUUUACAUGGUGCCGGACUGGCUUUCUUAGGAGGAGGCGUUUUUGGCUGGACAUUCGGACAAGAAAUCGCAAACCACUGGUAUCAACUCUACAGGUUGGACACAAUGGCUGCACAAGUCAAAUUCAUGGAGUGGUGGGAAAACAAGUCCCAGAGGUGAUCGUAAAAUUUAUUGUGCCAUUGAAAGCGAAGCCUGUGCUCGGUUUCCUUUUGUUUAAUAACGGCGACAUGUCGAAUACAUAAUGUUUGGUUCGAUGCUGGUAAACUUUUUUUCUUCUUUUAGAAGCAACUUGAUGAAACCAGUUGUCCCAAUAAGUUUGCUGCAGUUCUAUCACAAUUUGCAAAUUAUUUGAAGUUUUGAUUUUGUCCAUUUUGAUAAGACUAU